AUGCCUGCCUCCAUUCACUCUCAAGAGCCUCAAGAGGUGGAUCAGUCCAUGAUCGACGCUGAGCCCGAGGUCGACCCCAUCAUGCUGGAGGAGAAGCGCGUUGUAGUGCUCCCCGGUUCCUCUGAAACAUCCGCCUCGUUCCAGUUCGAAAAUGAAGGCCAUACUAUGGGCAAUGCGUUGCGAUACGCCAUUAUGAAGAACCCCGCUGUUGAGUUCUGCGGAUAUACAAUCCCCCACCCCUCCGACCCAAAGAUGCACCUCCGCAUCCAGACAACCGAUACUACCACCGCCCUGGAAGCUUUGGAGAAGGGCUUCAGCGACCUGAUGGAUCUUUGUGAUGUUGUUACGGAGAAGUUCACUGAAGCUCGGGAUCAAUUUAAUGAGGAGAAUAGUAACCGCAUGCAAUCUUGA